AUGGUGAUUGUAAACAAACAAGUUGGCGACAGGGAACAGUUAGGAGGACUGUGUUUAGCCUGUCACGAAUAAUGACGGACGUGGAACUCAAAAACAGAGGCAACAAGCUUUUUCUCAGGAAAUUUGACGAAGCAAUUAAAUGUUACACUGACGCGAUUUCAAAAACCAUCAGUUGCUGUCUACUACACAAACAGGCACUAUGCAACUUAAAGCUCAAGAGAUGGAAUUGGUUGUCAGGAUUGCGAACAUCCCUAGAAAUAGACCUUAUAGUAAACACAUUACUUGCCAGCCAGGCCCUGCUUGAAACAGAUAACUUUGAUGACAUUAAACAUUUACAGAGAGAACAGGAUCUUGCCAAGGAGCAGAAGGUGAACUAUGGUGACGACAUUGCCCGUAUGAUUCGAGUGGCUCGAACGCGAUUUAAUGUGGCAGAAGAAAAGAGAAUCUCCCAAGAAAUUGAACUACAGACCUAUAUGAACAGAUUAAUUUUAGAAGAUCGCGACCGCAAAUCGAUGAAGACGGAAACUGUGUUAUGCUGUAUUGAAGUUAUAAUUGUGGAGAAAUGUAAAGAUAACUACAUCACUGAAGUCAACACAAUGUUUGCUCGUCUAGAUGAAAGAAGAAGAAAACGAGAAGUACCAGACUACUUGUGUGGCAAGAUCAGCUUUGAGAUACUGCGGGAGCCAGUUGUUACUCCAAGUGGUAUAACUUAUGACCGCAGGGACAUAGAGGAACACCUACAGCGUGUUGGUCACUUUGAUCCCAUUACAAGGACUGACCUCACAGUUGACCAACUAAUGCCUAAUUUAGCCAUGAAGGAGGUGGUCGACUCAUUCCUCACGGAGAAUGAAUGGGCACUGGACUACUAGCCCUAACCAAACUUGUAGGUUUAGAAAAACACAUUUCUUCAAUCUGCUACCAGCCAUGUUUUAUUUUAGUAGCAAAUUGUUCAUUCAUAAACUACUAUGUAUAGUAAUGUUGAAAACUCACAAUAACCUGUAAGUUCAUAAAGCACCUUGCCUUGAAAUAGUGCUGAUAACAUUGAGUUCUGGUUGGCGAUUACCCUUCCAUUAAUCAGUCCAAAGCUAAGUUGAAAUGUCAACUCACUCAGCUGUCCAGACAUGUAAAUUCUGUAUAUUAAUAGAUAUCAAUCCGUCUGUUUUCCUGUUCCCAAGAUUUCUUUUAAUGUACGAGAUCCCCGGGCAUUGAGAGUGCUGCACCAACUUCGUUCAAAUGACCACACAUUUUCUUAAGCUUAAAAGCAGUGGCCAAAAACUUAGGCAGCAUCACUCACUAAAAAUAACUUAAAUAUUAACUGCCUGCCAGAUGCAUAUUUUGAAUUCAGGUCACUGCAUCAUAUCUGUAACCAUUAAGUUUUUUCUUGGUUUUAUUUCAGGCUGUCUCACAUAAGAUUUGAAGAAGUUUGCAUAUUACUGUACAGUACUUGAUUUACACAUGAAAUUUAUACAUCACUUAAGGUUAUAUAUCCUUGGCACAUCCUGUAGAAGUUCCCAAUAAGGUACAGUACAGGUGUAUAGCUUUAUAUAUUUCCUCUAUAUUCAUGGAUGACUUGUGAAUUAUCGUAACUGGUACAGUACAAUAUAAGUUUGGUCAUAAAUAUGGAAGUGUAUGGAGCAAGUGAAUCUGGAAUGUUUUAAGUGCAACUAAACCUUACUUUAUGGUUCUUUAUAAUAACAGUGAAUUUUGCUUUUAUAUUUUCAGGCACACUGCUGAGGGUUACAGUAUACAGUACAUCAAACUUUCAUUGAACUUUUAUACAUAUUUUGGGUUAUAUUGAACUAGCACUCAAUAUCCACAUUGUAAUAGU